AAAACACUCCAAGUCUCCAAAGUCCAACCCCACCUCCUAAGCUGUACUUAACAACGACACUAAACGAAGCAGCAUUUUUGGUUGUUGAAAAGCCGAAAGAGAGAUGCUCACACUAAUACUUUCCCUCUACUACUAAUUUACUGAAAUAUGGUCAUUUUGUAAAAUAAAAAUAAAGAAAUUGGUAGACACACGCAUAAAGAGUUGGUACACUCAGACAUGGGACCAUUCUUCUGCUCUUCAUAUUUUGAUAUUUUUCAUUGACGACAGGAUCCGAAUCUGCCGCUCAAUUAAUUACACCACACUCUCUCUCUCUCUUUCUUCUUCAUCAAUAUAUUCUUAUUCCUUCUUCUUAUUUCAGUAACUAAUGGAAAUGGAUGACAAUCAUCAUCAUCAUCAUCAACAACACUAUGGUAUCACUGAUCUGAGACAACUCAUGAAUGGACCAAGAAUAACAUCAACUACAACUAACCAUUUCUCCACCGCCGAACUCUUCCCUUCCGGUAACAACCCCACACAAUUUGAUAUCAUGAUGUUUGGUCGUCCAGACAUAAUGCCUCCUCGUUCUCUUCAUGACUUUGUUUCUACCGAUUCUGUUACUCUUCCUUCUGCUUCAACUCCUUCACUUGAAGCUGUUCUUGAUUCUUCCACUGGACGAUGGCCUAGACAAGAGACUCUCACUCUUCUUGAUAUCAGAUCUCGUCUUGAUUCUAAAUUCAAAGAAGCUAAUCAAAAGGGUCCUCUUUGGGAUCAAAUUUCUAGGAUAAUGUAUGAAGAACAUGGCUACCAGAGAAAUGGAAAAAAAUGCAGAGAGAAAUUUGAGAAUCUAUACAAAUACUACAAGAAAACAAAGGAAGGUAGAGCAGGAAGACAAGAUGGAAAACAUUAUAGAUUCUUUCGUCAACUUGAAGCGUUAUAUGGUACUGAAAACAUUAACAAUAACCCUUCUUUAUCUUCAUUACCAGAAAACAACAACAACCUUAUUUUCUACAACAAUACUUCUCAAACAAAUAUUCAAGAAAUGUUUCAUUCUCAUAGUCUAAGUCUAACAAACUCAACUGAAUUUUACACAUCAUCUGAUGAUGAUGAUGAUGAUGAAAACGAUCAUACUCAUAGCACUGAGGGACUGAAAGAGAAUGAAUGUUCCAUGGAGAAGAAGAAAAAGAGGACGGUGAGUGGAAGAAGAAGAAGAAGUGGUUGGAAGGUAAAGAUAAAAGACUUCAUUGAUUCACAAAUGAAGAAGCUUGUUGAGAAACAAGAGGAAUGGUUAGAUAAACUAACAAAAACAUUGGAACAGAAGGAAAAGGAAAGAGUGUUAAGAGAACAAGAGUGGAAGAAAAAAGAGAAAGAAAGGUUGGAAAGAGAACAAAGAUUUUGGGCUAAAGAAAGAGCAUGGAUUGAAACAAGAGAUGCUGCUUUAAUGGAAGCUUUGCAAAAAUUAACAGGAAAUGAGAUAAAGACUCAAUCUUUUCAUGAGGGUCGUUUGAAUAUGGGAGGUGGAAUGAAUCAAAAUGAAGAUGUAAACAAGAAGAGAAAGGAAAAUUCAAGAAGUAAUUGUUUUUAUUUUGAUGAUAACAAUGUUGAUCGGUCUUGUUUAUAUAAUAAUAAUAAUCAUCAUAAUCAUCGUGGUGGUUCUUAUUGUGAUGUUAAUGAUCAAAGGGAAGAAGAGAGUAGGAGGGUACAAAGAAAUGAUGAUGGUUCAAAUUCUAAUGUUGUUGUUGCGGCUGCUGAAAGUUGUUUUCCCUUUUUGAUGAGUGAAGGAGGAAAUUUGUGGGAGAAUUAUAGCUUAAAGGUAAAUAAAGCAAACCAAAAUCAGUGAGUGAGUAUCUCACACAUUAUUACCUAUGCAAUACAAAUGGUUUUACAAUUGAGAUGUUGUUGCAGAAACUUUAAAAUCUCCAAUAUUAAGGAGUAGUUGUAAUUGCAAAACUAUCGGCAAUAGCUAACUGAAGUGAUGAGGGUUUUAUUAUGUAUAGAGACUGAUGAUAGUUCGGGAAUCUAGCUAGGAGAGAAAAAUAUUUUCAAGUUAGUUUAAUGAUGAGCACUUAUAUGUAUUCGAUCAUAAGUGUUGGAGUAUAUGACACUGAUUUGAUUCAGGUGAAUGUCUCUCGUACAAUUGGAAUUCAAUUAUGUCAUUGCACCUUCAAAUGAUGUUCAUAUAUCGGUUAUCAACUAAAUUGAUUGACUUUCUCUUCUUCUUCCCCCACCAUCUAUCAUUCUUUUUUUUAAUGUAAUUUUGGGAUUUUUAAAUAGAUGUUGUAAUUUUAUAUUUUUACUACUAUUAUUGGUGCUAAGUAUUUAUCGAACUCAGUUGAAAAAUGUGGUUGACCGACCACUUUAGUGGA